AUGGAACCUCCCAGCAAACGCAGAAGACUCUCCGAGGAUGGUAGCAAAACAGACAGUGGUAGUGAUGGGGAAGCGGUCCCUCCAAUCACCUCAAAACCCGUCAAUUUCACCUCUCGAAUCCAGCCGAAAAAAGUUCUCGACAAGUCCAGCAAACCCCAACCAGAGGAACUCCCACAUCAAGACCUAUCUUCCCUCCCAAACACAAUCCAGGAAACGAUUGAUACAAAAUCCACAUUCGCAUCCAUCGGAACGGAUCCAUGGCUCAUUGCGAGUCUUUCCAACAUGGCCAUUAAAUUUCCAACCAGAAUUCAAUCCGCCACCAUCCCUCGCAUCUUAUCAGGGCAGGAUUGUAUAGGUGGGAGUCGUACGGGAUCUGGAAAAACUGUCGCAUUUGCUCUGCCCAUCCUCCAACAAUGGGCACGUCAACCUAGUGGGAUAUUCGCUCUGGUCAUGACGCCUACCCGUGAACUGGCUCUUCAAAUCUACGAACAAAUUCAAGCAAUUGGCGCCAGUCAGAGCAUCAAAUGUCUUCUCGUAACUGGUGGAGCAGACAUGCGUUCACAAGCUCUGGAACUAGCGAGAAGACCACACAUUGUCAUUGCCACACCUGGUCGCUUGGCAGAUCACAUUCAAAGUUCGGGAGAAGACACAUUCCGUGGAUUGAAGAAAUGCAAAUUUGUCGUCCUCGAUGAAGCAGACCGAUUGCUUGCUAGUGGGAAAGGAAGCAUGCUACCUGAUGUCGAGACCUGUCUUGCUGUCCUACCUCCGGCCGCACAGCGACAGACCUGCCUCUUCACCGCCACCGUGACACCCGAAGUUCGAGCGUUGAAAGAGACACCUCGCGAACCAUCCCGCAAACCAGUCUUCGUCUGUGAAGUUGACAUUGACUCCCUGGCCAUUCCGGACAWGCUGAAACAAACCUACCAACUAGUCAACGUCCUCCACAAAGAAAAGUUUCUGCACGUCCUCCUCUCCACUCCCGCCAACCUCACCAAAACUACAAUCAUCUUCGCAAACCGUACCGACACUGCAAAUCUUCUAGAAUACAUGCUACGACUUCUCGAACAUCGAGUCACAGCCCUGCAUUCGCAACUUCACCACGACCAGCGCAUCUCCAACCUCGCUCGGUUCCGUGCCGGCGCAGCACGUAUACUGGUAGCCACAGACGUCGCAUCUCGUGGAUUGGAUAUCCCAGACGUGGGACUGGUGAUCAACUAUGACCUUCCUCGCAAUCCCGACGACUAUAUUCAUCGGGUAGGACGAACGGCGAGAGCAGGAAGGGAAGGCUUGGCAAUCAGUUUAGUGGGACAAAGAGAUGUCGAACUCGUCAAAGCGAUUGAGGAGAGAGUAGGAAGGGAAAUGGAGGAGUUCGUAGAAGAAGGCGUCGCCGUUGAGGGCAGAGUCAUUCGCGAUGCUUUGAAUGUCGUGGGAGAUCGAAAGAGAGAGGCAAUGAUGGCUAUUGAGGAAGGAAGAGAUGUCAAGGGAAACCGAGUGAGAAGAAUGGAGAGGGCGGAUGGUGGGAAGAAGAGAGCCAGAUGA